AUGGGGGACGAGUACCGACCUCCCCGCAUCUCUGAACACCCCGUGGACACCAGCGUGCCGCGCCACGACCCUGCGACCCUCAACUGCAAGGCCGACGGCUACCCGAGCCCCACCAUAGAGUGGUACAAGGAUGGCGAGCCAGUGAGGCCGUCGGCCAACAGGGUGUUCCUGCCAGCGGGGUCGCUGUUCUUCCUGAGGGUGAUCAACGGUCGCAAGGAGAGCGACGCGGGAGUCUACUGGUGCUUGGCCAAGAACUCGGCGGGAGUGGCCAGAAGUAGGAAUGCGACGCUGCAAAUAGCAGGUGUCCUGCUUCUCACCCCCCGAGAGCUACAGCAAGCUACAGCCAUGAGUAGUGGAUACAUAGGGCUGCUGGGGAGUGACGUCACAAGAGCCAUGUGGUGCUUAAUUGACGGUUAA